UGUCAAUAUUAACAAAGCAGCUUGACCACAGGGCAGGGCUUCUCAAAGCACCUCUCUUCCCAACCCCUCCUAUUGCAACAGCCCUUUUCUUUCCUCACAGCCUAACCUCUCACAAUGUUCACAGAAAUCCUCGCGGUCGGCACGCCCGGCGGCGUCCACGUCUUCGAUCUGCGGCGCGGCACGCGGCUGGCCGGCGCAACGAACGGUGGCGGCAGCAGCAGCAGCGUCGGCGCGGCCAGGCACCAGGGCUUCGCGAUAACCGACACGUGGGUGGCGGCCGUCAACGCCGCCAAGCCCGUCUGCGCUGUGCACAUGCUCAACCGCGGCGACACCGCGCCGCGCCUCACAUUCCCGCUGCCUGAGGAGAUCACGUGCGUGCUGGCGCUAGACGGUGGCCGGCUGCUGGCGGCCGGCGCGCAGUCGGGGCGCGUGCUGGUGUGGGCGCCGGCGUCGGGGCGGCUGCUGCGCGCGUGGGACGCGCACUACGGCGCGGUGACAGCGCUGGCCAGCAGCGGCGGCGUGCUGGUGACGGGCGGCGCCGACGCGGCCGUGCACGUGUGGGCGCUGGCGCAGGCGCUGGAUGCCGCGUCCGACUUGCCGCCAAGCCCGCUGGCCACCAUGGCCGAGCACACGCUUCCGAUCACGGCGCUGCAUGUCGGCGCCGCGCCGCUGCUGGCCGGCCGCGCGCGCGUGUACAGCGCCAGCGGCGACCACACCGUCAAGCAGUGGCGCGUCAGCGUGGCGCGGCCCGAGGACGGCACCUCGGGGCUCGCGGCGCGCGCCGAGGUGCUGGCCACGCUGCUGUACCCGGCGGCCGUGCGCGACGUGGCUGUCGACGCGCCCGAGACGCGCGUGUUCGCGGCCACGGCCGCCGGCCUGUUUAUGACGCCGCUCUACGCUGCCGCGCCGCUGGCUGCGCGCGGCGGCGUGGCCGACGCUGUUGUGGGCGACGGCCACGUGGCCUUCCCAGCCGCUGAGGCCGACAUUGUGGCCAUCACGCUGAGCCUCGACGCGACGCUGCUGGUGUCGGCCGCAGCCGGUGCGGCCGUGCGCGUGUGGGACACGGCCAGCCGCCAGUGCCUGCGCACGCUGGCCGACAAGACGCUGGCCGCCGGCGCGUCACAGCUGGUGGUGCGCCUGGCGCCGCUGCAGCUCGGGGGGCCGCGCGCCGCCGCGUCGGCUGGGCUGCAGCGCCCGCCUGUGCUGGCCGAGGCCGUCGUUGCGCCCAAGCUCAGCGCCAUCAGCUUUGUGCCGCUGCAGCGCAUUGCAGGCGCUGGCACUGGCGCCUCGGCGACAGCAUUUGAGGCGCCCGUGCGUGUGCGCCUGGCCGACACAACCGCCGCUGCCGCGCACUUUGACCGCAGCCUGGCGCCGGCGCUGCCCUACAGCGACGCUGCCCUCGGCUCCGAAGCCGCGCUGCUGGCCGCCCUUCGCCCAGCCAACGGCUCGUCCGAGCAGCGCGUUGCCGACCUCCUGGCCCAGGUCGAACGCCUGCAGCGCCACUACGCGCGCACGCGCUGCCUCAACGACGAGCUGUACCAGGGCGCCGUGUCUGAAUGGCUGUCAACGCGGCAGCAGCGGAAGCCCUGACUGAGCCCAUUACAAUCCAAAGCAAUGCCGCCCUCGCCCCCCCCCCCAAACCACCACUUUAAAAUCAACGGUGACGGCGGGCGCACGGGGGCCUGC